CUACUUCUUACGCAAUGCAAAAUGACAGUUGUGCAGCACUCGCAAUACAAAUAAAUAAAUAAUAACACAGUUCAUCGAAAAGUUUAAUGAAAAUCUUUAAAAUCAUUACAUACGGAGUGCAAAAACUUAUCUCUACCCGGUGUUACACACAAUAAUGCCCUCGGAAAGCUUCUCUAAAGUGGAAACGUAGGGAAAAUUGAAGCAUUCACCUGUUUGAGGGGAAGACUUGGAUUGCCGGCGAUUUGAUUACAUCAGCUGUCUUGGCGGUUUUUAACGUGGAUCAGAUAAACCCUUCAGAGCAGCUUUCGAUUACUCCGUGCUGCAUUAGUACGAUCCAUUGCUAAUGGCUUCCAAAACAUCGGAAAAAGAGACGGGCAAAUCGUCGGAAACACGUACUGCCCCUAUCCCAAACGCAAUCAUCGAUAGAAGCGAUCGGGAGAGCAACGAGAAACAGUGGGGCUACGAUCUGUAUCCGGAGCGACGAGGCGAAAAGUUCAAACCAAGCUGGGGCCGAGUACUGCUCGGGAUAGAAGGCACGGAAAGUCUGGACAAGAUCAAGUGUGAACGGAAUGUUUACUCUUGUGUGAAGAAAAGCCCCAUGGUGAAGUUGAUGAUGGGUGCGUUGAAAAGUUCUGGUUGCGAAAUUGAUAUUCGACGCCAUAUAGCGUGUGAGGUGUGCGACGCAUCCGUCAGCGGUGGUUACGAUCCGGUGCUGAAUCAAGUUGUAGUUUGUCAGAACAUUGCAAGAAACGAGGGAAUCGUGCAGGGUGUACUGACGCACGAAAUGAUCCACAUGUUCGAUUACUGUAACAACAAUUUGGAUUUUAAAAAUAUCGACCAUUUAGCGUGUACAGAAAUUCGUGCGGCCAACCUUACUCAUUGCUCGUUUCUGAGCGCUUGUACGCAGGGUGAUGCUUCUCCGCUUAAGAUCAAACAGGCACAUGCGGACUGUGUAAAAACCAAAGCCCUAAAGUCGGUACUGGCUGUCCGGAAGGUAAGUGCAGCAGAAGCUAUCGAGGCGGUGGAACGUGUGUUUCCUAAGUGCUAUAACGAUUUGGAACCGAUCGGUCGUCGAAUACGAAGGAAUUCGAAGGAUAUGUACAAAGCCUACCUGGAAGGUCCAAUGUACGGGUACGACGUGGAUUAGCAAGCGCAUUGCUUACGGUUUUUUACUGUUGCAAUAAAAUGUGUUAUGGUAGUGGUAGUGAAUUAAACCAAA